AUGAGGAGCGCCUUUCGCUGGUUCAACCCAACAAGUACCGAGGACCCAAGGGACCCGUCGACCCGGUCCACUGCCGCCGCCGCCGCCGCCCACAACAACGAGGACAGGCGCACGCCCAGAAGUGACUUCGCCAGCGCCGAUAAUAUUAGUUAUCGUGCGUCGGCCUCCUCCUCUUCCACCACCACCACCACCGCACCUGCGUCUUCUGCUUCUGACAACAACGCUGCCUUCGCGACUCCUUCGCCCGGCUCCUCCAAUUCUGUCUCACUCACCCCCAACUCUCCCUCCCCUCAGCCCCUCACGCCCACCGAUUCUUUCGACGUGCGUGAUUCCCGCGCAGGCCUCUGGACCUCCAAGCCAAUCACCAUUGCCACACCCACCAGCACGAGAGACCCUUCAUCCCCCUCCCCCUCCGUAGCCCCCGCCAAAUCUAGCUUCGACAGAAAUCCAUUCGCCUUGCCUGACGACGUUUUCGACUUUCUUCCUCCUAUUCCGACCAAGAGUAUCGACAUGACCACUGGCCCAGCCAUGGAUUCGGCCAUGGGUCGGAGUCGUCAGGACUCCUUUGUCAGCGCUGGUCCUAAGCCAAUUUCCAUGGCCAAUCCUAAUCGCGAUGUCAACCGUCAACGACGAGAGAGUCUGGCAGGCAGCCUAAUGGGCGGCGCAAGCUGGGGAGGAAUGUCAUUUGGCAGCUUCAUUCGCGAUGACAUUGCCAUGGCCGGCACGUCACCUUUCGCUCACCAAGCCUCGCCGUCCUUUCAUUCCGGUUCCUACUUGCCCAAGCUCGAAGCAAGCUUCAUGAAGGAUUUCACGUGCUGUGGCCUGAACUUGCCUAAUCUCCACGAUCUUCUGCAGCAUUACGAAGAAUCGCACACCCAGCCCAGUCCGAACACCGCGCGCAAUGCGCCUUUCUCCUCUCAAUUCGCCGCGAUACCCACCCAGCCGUCUUCCAGAGCCAGCAGCGCAAGGCCUCAGACGCAGCAACAGAACACCACUUCCAUGUCGCAGCUCGGUCAGCAGAGUCGCCCCGGCUCUAACUUGGGUGGCGGCAUGGGCGGCCUUGGGAUGCAGCUUGGCCAGCAGAAUAUGCCGGGUCAACAGCAUGGACACAUGUCGCAUCUGGACGAGAUGGAUGCAGUCGGUGACAUGGAAAUGGACGACGCCUUGAGCACGAUGGAGAUGGACGACAGCCAGAGAACGAUGUCUCAGACUCGACAAAUGUUUGGCCAACAGCAAAGACCCCAGUUGCAUGUCAACGCCUCGGGUCUCACUCAAGGUUUACGAACUUCUCAGCCACCAACGCCUGCAGCCGCAAGCUUUGGCCUGCAGCACAACCCCACGGUAUCCUCUGUCAAUACGCCCACGCUUACCACCCAACAAUCAACGCCACAACAGCAGCGGCCGAACAACGGGUUCCUCCAAAACUCGCAGAUGACGUCCAUGGACGACAUGGACGAUGACAUACCAGGUAUGCCCAUGGGCGGCAACAUGGAACUCAACGGAUCCAACUUUGGAGACGUGAGCUUUGGCAACUCCAACUCCAAUUCCGAAUUUUGCAUCAACGAUCCUGGCAAGCACCUAUUUAGCCCGGGCGGCGCGCUCACCAACCAACAACGAGCGAUUCAGGCACACCUCAUUGGAAUGGGUUUUGACCCUAGCCAACCCAACAGUGCCGCCAACAAGGCCUUGAUCCAGAAAUUUGGCGCAAUGAUGAUUCCAGAGGAGCACAAGCCUUUCAAGUGCCCAGUUAUCGGCUGCGAAAAGGCGUACAAGAAUCAGAAUGGCCUCAAGUACCACAAGACGCACGGCCACCAAACACAACAGCUGCACGAGAAUGGCGACGGAACUUUUUCAAUCGUCAACCCCGAAACCAGCACGCCGUACCCCGGUACGCUGGGCAUGGAGAAGGAGAAGCCGUUCUCAUGCGACGUGUGUGGCAAGCGCUACAAGAACCUUAACGGUCUCAAAUACGUGAGUUUGGCCCCUGGCCUGACUUGUCGAGAUGAAGAGGCUGACCCCGACGAACAGCACAAAGGACACUCCGCACCUUGCAAUCCCGAUUUUAAGUUCUUGGCCGCCGGGCUAAACAACCUCGCGAGUUUGCCGGGCCUUAUGGAGAAUUCGAUGUCCAACCUUCCUGGUAUUGGCGAAGACCAAAUGAUGUAA